AUGUCCUUCCCGCACUUUGGACACCCGUAUGGCGGCGCUUCCCAGUUUCUGGUGUCUGCAAGUUCCAGCGCCACUUGCUGCGAAUCCGCCCCGCGCUCCGUCCCAGAUGUGGCCUCAGGCUCCACCCCGGCGGCUGCCCUCUGCUGCGCAUCCUACGACGGUCGGCUGCUGGGCAGUGCAAGGCCAGAGCUGGGCGCAGCCUUGGGCAUCUAUGGAGCCCCAUAUGCCGCCGCCACAGCUGCCCCAAGCUACCCAGGCUACUUGCCCUACAGCCCAGAGCCGCCUGCGCUAUACGGAGCGCUGAAUCCGCAAUAUGAAUUUAAAGAGGCUGCAGGGAACUUUACACCUGGCCUGGGGCAACCGGGAGCCUAUUACCCCUAUGAGCCAACUCUGGGGCAGUACCAGUAUGACCGGUAUGGAACAGUGGAGUUAAGCAGCACGGGCCGCCGGAAGAACGCCACCCGGGAGACCACGAGCACGCUCAAGGCCUGGCUCAACGAGCACCGCAAGAACCCCUACCCCACCAAGGGCGAGAAGAUCAUGCUGGCCAUCAUCACCAAGAUGACCCUCACCCAGGUGUCCACCUGGUUCGCCAACGCACGCCGGCGCCUCAAGAAGGAGAACAAGAUGACGUGGGCGCCCAAGAACAAAGGCGGGGAGGAGAGGAAGGCUGAGAGUGCAGCAGAGGGGUCCCUGGGCUGUCGGAACGGUGACACCAAAGAUGGUACUGCAAGCCAGGAGGCUCGAGGGCUCCGGCUGAGUGACCUGGAAGACCUAGGGGAAGAGGAGGAGGAAGAGGAGGCCGAAGACGAGGAGGCAGUAGCCACAGCUACGGACAGGCUGGCCGAGUUCCAUAAAGACUCCCAGUCGCUGCCCGCGCCCUGCACCGCCGCUAGGGAGGCCAGGCUGGAGCGCCGGGAGUGCGGCCUGGCGGCGCGGCCCUUUUCCUUCUCGGAGCCCCCGGGGUCCGGGGAAGCUGACUUCCUGCGGGCCGAGCCCCGGGGCCCUACGUUGACCAUGCACUACCCCUGCAGCGAGAAACCGCGCAUCUGGUCUCUGGCGCACACGGCGGCGGCGGCUGGCGCGGUGGAAGGCGUAAAUCCAAACCCUCCCAGGCCAAGAAGUCCCGAGUGCCGCGUGAUUCCGGGACAGCCUGCAGGUGCAGGCGGCCAAUGCGCCGCGGUCCCCAGAAACUCCGGGUGCGAACAGCCUUCCUGUGUAGCCAAAGCCUUUGGAAACCGCCCCUUUGCCACGCAGGGGAUGCCAAUGAACUGUGCGCCGUGCCCGCGGCGGAGGGAGCCUGCAGUGCACUGCCAGUACCCGUCUGGAGCAGAAGUGGUCACAGUCCUGGAGCUUCUGGCCCAGGUUGCUGUACCUCGGGCUGGCUUCCCCAGCACCCUGCCCACAGGCUUUGGAUUUAAUCCUUUCGUCAAUAAGCUUUCCUAG